GUUUACUCGCGGGGCGUCUGGUGUGGUGCGCUGUGGGCCUUCGCGGGAUGGAGCUGGCUUAGGUAGAGGCCGUGCGGUGACCGACCGCAGCGCGACCUGCUCGGAAUCCAGGCUGGACGGGUGCUGACGCAUUUCACUGCGAGAAUGUGAUUGCAAGCAACGUCUAUCAAGCCACAGUCGUUGCCUCACGAUGGUUGAUGUAGGUCUGGGCUGCAGUUCUAUUUCUUUGGCAUGGGUCCACAUUGGUCUGUACCGUACUGUUCACAUCAUAAAACGACCGUCAUAAAAAGUCACCGUCUAGACAGCGACGGCCAUCGAACAGCCAUCCGGAACGCAGCGGCGGCGUCUUCGCUCGAUUCCCGCUGCUAUAUCGUUUCGUUAUCGUACCCACCGUCACGGCGGCUGCUCGUCCAUCGUCCGCAGUGCGCCGCGUUCGUCGGUGAUGCGCCACGCUCGCCGCCAGUAGCGGGAGCCAGUCGGAAAUGGGUGCACAGCUGGCUGUCUGCUGCGCGGCCGGAGGCGCCCCGGAUUCGGGAUGCCCGCGGGCGUCGGACGCGGCCGUGCUUGGCAUUCCUCGGGGCCGACUGCGGCGCCGAUAUUAAACACCGAUUACCGCUACCGCCGUGGGCAGUGCGCUGUCCGACGGUCCCGAUGUCCCCCGCCAGAGGCGCCUCCAGAGGCUCUCACGGUCCCGUUUCAUGGCGGUAGCAAAAGGCAGAUGCUCCGUGAUCGGCGCUGACUGGACGGCGGACGCCGCACGUGAUGGUGAACUCAGCUGUUGCUGAUCAAUAUGCGAGCCUGUUGACAAGUGGCUCAAGCUGCAUAACUGCAUGCCUAGUUUGUCUACGUGUUUGGCAUAGGCCCACGGUUUAUCGUUAUUCUUUUUUAUGUCUGUUGGUUAUUUUUGUUUUUAUGCGGUAUAAUUGGUUAUUUCUGUUUCAAGGUGCACCUGUACCUACAGAACUACGUGCUAGCCGAUAGAAGUACCUACCCAUCUGUCAUCUGUUUUGGGAAUCGUCCUCCUUUGAGGUUUUCGGUUGGGAACGCCAGUCCACUGGGAAUAUCCAUUCGCCUUUCAACUUCCAACCGCAUUCAGUGUCACAAUACCUUGGAAGUUCGGCAUUAGGUGACAGCGGUUUUGAUCAUGGCAGCUAGCGAAUAUGGGUCUGAGAAGAACAGUUGACAUGUCCGAGGCAGUGCUUUUCGAAAGCUCAGCUGUGGAGACGAACAGAGACCCUCCUCUAUCUCAGUAGGAGGCUGAUACGCCAGCUCCUGAGCCAUAAAUCGCGGAGGUCGCUGCGAGUCGCGCGGCCGUCCUUAUGCAACGCGUCUGAAGUCACACCGAUUUAUCGCCGCACUUGGUCGGUAUCGGCGCUCGCAGGGUGCGGGCGCGGUGAUAGCAGGCUCUAAUGCAGGCUCCUUGGCGUCUGGGGUGGAGGUAUGAGAGCGACUGUGUGCGAUAGGCCACCUCAGCUCGAUGACACGCGCCGUAUCAUGCUCCAAUGUCCGGCGAUCAACACUUGACGGCGGUCCGCUCAAGUGGCGUUACGUCAUUGUCAUGUGUGCGAGCUGUAAGACGGCGUCUGGCGGUGACCAAUGAUCAAUGACCGUCCCUGUGAAGUGUGAGCUGUAUGUCAGUGCUGUUUGAGAACUCGAACGGCUACCUCCCGGCCCACUCUCCCGGCUCGCACGGCAGCAGCUCGCACGGCUCCCACAAGGACGUCAAAGAUGCCGAGCUGAGCAAGACCAACCUCUACAUCCGCGGCCUGGGCCCCAACACCACCGAUGAGGACCUGAGGAACAUGUGCCACGGACUCGGACAGAUCAACUCCACGAAGGCCAUCAUCGACAAGUCAACGGGACACUGUAAAGGCUACGGGUUCGUUGACUUCGAUACUGCCGAGGCGGCGCAGAAGGCGGUCAAACAGCUGGUCGGCAAGAACAUCCAGGCGCAGAUGGCGCGUCAGCAGGAGCAGGACCCGACCAACCUCUACAUCACGAACCUGCCGGCCUCCUUCACGGAGCGGGAGCUGGAGGCGCUGCUACAGCGGCACGGCACCGUCAUCUCGACCCGGAUCCUGAGGGACGACCGCGGCACCAGUCGCGGGGUCGGCUUCGCCAGGAUGGAGUCUCCGGAGACGUGUGAGAACAUCAUCAAGACGCUCAGCGGCCACAUCAUCGACAACCACAGCCAGAAGCUGGUCAUCAAGUUCGCCGACGGCAACAAGAAGCGCCAGCAGCAGAAGGGCUACGACCAGCGGUGGCGGGAGAGCGUCGACGCCAGCCGCGUCAACCCGUACGACGCGUCUCCGCUGCCGGCGGCGGCUCUGGGCGGCGGCGCUGGCGGCGUGCCGGCCGGCCUGGCGCAGCACUACUCGGCCAUGCCAGUACCGUACCUGCCCGGCCCCGGCUGGCCGCCCCAGUCGGUAGUUAUCGGCGGCCCGAUGCCCUCCAUGGAUAUGGACGUGUACGCGCUGCUGCAGGGCAUGCAGCAGAUGCACGUCAGCGGCGGCCCGGCGGCCGGCUACGGCGCGCCGGCGCCCCAGUACGGGGGCUACCCGCAGCCGGCGCCGGCCUACCACCACCCGGCCGCCCCCGGCAUGCCGCACAUGUACCACCACCCGCACAUGAUGCCCAUGCCCGUGGUGGAGCCCGAUGGUGUGACCAACGGCGCCGAAGACUAGGACAACAGGCAUGAUAGAUAAUGUUUGUGUACAUAUGGAAUGGCGGCCGCGGGCCUGGGCCAGAUACCCCGCAAGAGCGAGCUUACGAAGGGUCCGACCGACGCGACACGGUGCGGCGUCGCUCAGAGGCUGUAGUUCGCCAGCCGGCCGUGCGUGGCGCUACCAGUAGUGGGCUAGCUGGACUGCUGCUCAGGAACGGAUGCCAAACCGAGAGACACUAAGGCAGAGCGUCCAGCCGGCUGCGGGCCUGCUGUUAAGUUUUAGUCGUGAGAGCCGACGGGCGCAGACUGCUGGAUCGGUCUCGUCUGAUGAUUGGUGCGUUUUGAAUCGUGACGGGCGCGCUGCCGACUCCCGACCAGUACCGUGCCCUUUUCAGCGGUCUGUUGCGACGACCGCGUUUAGGGCGACACUGGAGGAGGGUGCCGCGGCGGAGCGCCCCGUGCGCGUCUCGUCUCGCCUUCUAUGUGCGCCUCCCAGGGACAGGAGCUCAUGUUCAGGCGUUUGUGUGCCUCCGAACCAGGCAACUGCGACGCAGGGAUAUCCGUGUGACGUCAUCAACGAUCCGACAUUCCACCAGAGGCGACCGUCUUGGUUUGCUAUUUUGUACAGGUUUUGCAUGUCUGCGCCGUUGUGCGCGCCCGGCCGAUGUGUCAGAGAAUGUGCCGCGGACCGGCCCCCGCCGCCGGGCUGGCCGCUGGUAUGUGACGUUCCGUGCUCAGUGCCGGCGCCUCCCCAGUUAGCUAGAGCCUCCUUUCCCCGAGCGUUUUGUUCUCACACGGUGCCUUGUUUCAUCGUACCUCCAGCCGAAAACCGGGCUCUAUUUUACUACCAGACUCGUGAGCCGAGACCGCGGCGCGUAGGCCAGUGAGCGGCUUCUGAAGCCGAGCGGUAGUGUGGUGGUCGGCCGUUGCGUGGCGGCGUAGCGCUCGGACGGUGUAUAUAGAGGUGCUGCUGCGGCAGCGCUGCGUGGCACUGUGUCUCGUCCUGUGGUGUCUGCCUCCGCUGCGCCGGCCGCCGUGAAUUUUUGUGGUGAUUUUGUUGAUUUCCGGUGGGUUCGGGCCACCUCCGGUGGCUGCCGCGCCCUAAUGCUGGGUUCCUGGUGCUGCAGGUGUAUUCGCCGCCAGAAAACCACGACACAUCGAUUUAUGAACGUUGGCUGAACCGAUCAAAUGUCAUUCCAACUCUACACGUUCGGACGACGCGCCCAACAGUGGCCGCGACGUCACCGCGACUUUUUCGUGACGUCAUGUGUGUUUGAUGGAGGGCGGGCGUCCGCCCCGCCCGGCUGGCUCGGAUGGCGCGGCGGCGUUAUUUUUGUACAGAUUUUUGUGCUCGGGUGUCCCGUGGUGCCGCGUGGCUUCAAGCGGAAUGUGCCGUGGUCAUGUUGAAGGAACUGUGUGUGUAAAUAGGUGCCGAUAGCGGCAGGUGCUGCAGGGGCGACAUCUAGCGGCGCGACUGGGGCGCCGCCAGGCGGCCGCUCUGCGAAGCGGCGCGAUGUGGGCUGCCGGCCGCGGCCUCGGUGGGUUGUUGAUGGUUGAAGAGUUUAUGUGCGGCCGAUAAGGGCUGACGGGGCUGCGGCGCACUCAGCUUUAACAACAAUCGGCUGCGCCCGACGAGGCAGGGCGGGAGGGUCUGGUCAGAGGAAAUACAGACCGAACUGUGAGUGGAAA